CCCGCCGCCGCCGCCGCCGCCGCCGCCGCCGCCCUAGCCAUAACGCCUCGCCGCCGCCGCCGCCGGUGCCACCCGCUCGAUCCUCGCCAACGCCUCCUCUUAUUCGCCGCCGCCUGGACCGUUCGCCGCUGCCGCCUGCAAGCUUGCUCGCUCGCUCGCCGCCUAUCUCCUCCACGGAACCAACUCGUGAUCCCGUCUACAAACUCUCUCCCCGUCCGCGAUUCGGUUUCGAGGAUGUCUAAGCGAAGAUGGCAGGGCGACGACGUUCAGCCCAACUACCACGACCGCGGCGCUAACAAACUCAAGAGCAUCUAUCUUGUUCUAGAUGACUGGCACAGGGGCUUCACCAUUCGCAAGCUUGAUGCUGACAGUCCUGACCUGAGCGCCCCCCCUGUCUUCCGGCUAGCGUCGCCUCUGAACAACCAUGCCAUGGACUUUGCCGCUCUGGGCAGCAACAUUAUAGGCACCAGCAACCAAUGUGCUGCAACUCUAGUCUUUGACACGGAAGCAGAGGCGCUGGCCAUCGGCAAUCCCCUCCCGGAUGCACUCCUCAGUUCCCUCAACUUCUUUGUCACAGCUGACGACAUGUUAUUUGCGUUUGCCUACUACUUCACGUCGCGGCCUCCCUCCUUCGAAGUCAUGACCACCGCCAAGGAGGACGAGGUGCGCUCUUUGUGCCCAAGCACUGACUGGUCCUGGAAAAGCAUCCCGGCUCCCUUCACCAAGCAUCAAAGGAUUGUAUCCUACGCCCUUCACCGGGACAGACGCACCAUAUUUGUGUCUGUUCAUGACCGAAAUGGCAGCGGCACCGGCACGUUCUCCUUUGAUAGCGAGAACCGUGAGUGGAGACGCCAUGGGAAAUGGAUGCUCCCUUUCCACCGCCAAGGUUACUUCGACGCAGACCUAGAUGCAUGGGUUGGGCUACACCCGGAUGGCUACAUCUGCUCAUGCCAACUCCCCCCCCUAAGCACCAGCACCACCACCAUGCAGCAGCCUAGCUGGAAGAUUUCCAAUGAGCAAAACCUGUGGAGCCCAAUACAUCAAGCGUCUAAAUCCGAAGAGGCUACUCUCACAUACUUGGGCAACUCGAAGUUUUUCCUAGUUGAUUGCGACGUCGCAGAUGGAUUUGAGUUCCAGGAUGCCUUUAAUCAUCCUCAUGGCUUCGUGCUCAACAUGACCACCUUUCGUGUCAAGUACAAUCAUGAGGGCAAGCUGAGAAUCAUCGACAGAAACACUACCUCUUGUCCUGUCUCUAGGCAACUCUCAUCUUUUUCUCCGGUAGCGUUCUGGAUGUAGUUAGCAAGGGAAAAAAAUGCACCUUCUGUUUUCAUUUAUUUAGCUGUAUAUCAUGCAUACCAGAUAUGUGUGUAGCUAUGUGUGUCUGUCCUAUUUGUAAAUUACUCCCUCCACUUCUAUAUAAGGCCACUUUGUAAAUUGGUGUAGCUUUUACCAUCGUUUUGAGCAACAAGGUAUGCUUUUUGUUGCAUGUAACAUAUAUUUUAUUGCUCAAAUCGGUGUUCGAAGUUAUACCCAAGUUAUGAAUUGGCUUGUAUAAAAAAAAGAGGGAGUAUGAUUUGAAUCAAUAG